UUAAAUGAGAUGAAUACUACCCAAGCGCGGAGGAGAGACGCAAGCCAUGUGAUGUGGAUGGUGGUGUUUUGGACGGGGAUUUCUCUGCGUCAUGGCGUUGACGGCCGGCAGUGAAAAAUGGAGUGAAGGACAUGCAAGCACGAAGUUUACAGUGGCCACGAGGAAGAAAGACGUUUGGCAGUUUGCAUGUGAAAAGGAAACGGAGGCUUACUAGGGAUUGGAUGCCCACCACAUCCUUGUCCUCCUCCUCGGCCACUGCUUCUGCUGAUUACUGUUUCCAUUGAUGGCCACCUACUGUUUUUGUACCACAUGCCGCCAUCGGUUUCCUCCCUGUUCUACUUCUGCCUCAUCAUUUUGCCCUGCAGAGUUCCCAAAACGCAUCACGCUGGCUGUGCUGGUUGUGGAGUUUCUUUCCCCGGUUCUACAUUUCUGGAUAAUCAAGGAGGUCUGUUCCCCUUCCCUUGUCUCGAUCUGCCUCUGUUCGUGUUGGAUGCCUAUGGGAGUCGUUUUAGGUAUUAACAGAGACUGGUGAAAGGAUACCAUAUAUCCUCAGAGCACCUUUAAAGUAAAGAAUGAAUACAACUAAGGUGAAGCGUCGAGUGGGCAAAUAUGAGCUAGGACGUACUAUCGGGGAAGGAACCUUUGCAAAGGUUAAAUUUGCAAGGAACAUUGAGACUGGGGAACCUGUUGCCAUCAAGAUUCUUGACAAGGAGAAGGUGCUCAAGCACAAGCUAGUAGAACAGAUCAAGCGGGAGAUUGCCACUAUGAAGUUAAUAAAGCAUCCCCAUGUUGUUCGCAUCUAUGAGGUGAUGGGUAGCAAAACAAAGAUCUUCAUUGUACUUGAAUUUGUCACAGGGGGAGAGCUCUUAGACAAAAUAGUAAACCAUGGCCGGAUGAGGGAGGAUGAAGCACGAAGAUAUUUCCAACAACUAAUUAAUGCUGUGGACUAUUGCCAUAGCAGGGGAGUUUACCACCGUGAUCUGAAGCCAGAAAACUUACUCCUUGAUGCUUACGGGAACCUGAAAGUUUCUGAUUUUGGCUUAAGUGCUCUAUCUCGGCAAGUCAGGGAUGAUGGCUUGCUUCAUACUGCCUGUGGUACUCCAAAUUAUGUUGCUCCAGAGGUUCUCAAUGAUAGAGGUUAUGAUGGAGCAACUGCAGAUUUAUGGUCAUGUGGAGUCAUCCUAUUUGUACUGUUAGCAGGAUACUUGCCUUUUGAGGAUUCUAAUCUUAUGACCUUGUACAACAAAAUUUCAGCUGCUGAGUUUACAUGCCCAUCUUGGCUUUCUUUUGAUGCCAUGAAAUUAUUGUCCAGAAUACUGGAUCCAAAUCCAGUGACACGUAUAACUAUUCCAGAGAUAUUGAAGGAUGACUGGUUCAAGAAAGGCUACAAGCCCCCUGUGUUUGAGGAAAAAUAUGAUGCAAAUUUGGAUGAUGUGGAUGCCGUUUUCAAAGACUCAGAAGAACAUCAUGUGAAGGAGAAUGAAGAACAACCAACAUCAAUGAAUGCCUUUGAACUGAUAUCGAUGUCAAAGGGCCUUGAUCUUGGCAAUUUGUUUGACGUAGAACAGGAAUUCAAAAGGGAAACAAGAUUUACAGCAACAUGUCCAGCCAAUGAAAUUAUCAGCAAGAUUGAAGAAGCUGCAAAACCACUUGGAUUUGAUGUUCAGAAAAAGAAUUACAAGAUGAAGCUGGAAAACAUAAAAGCUGGGAGGAAAGGGAAUCUCAAAGUCGCAACUGAGAUUUUUCAAGUGGCACCCUCUCUUCAUAUGGUAGAGGUGCGAAAAGCAAAAGGAGACACUUUGGAAUUCCAUAAGUUCUAUAAGAAUCUCUCUAACAGCCUCAAGGAAGUUGUUUGGACAUCCGAGGAGGAAGCGCAAGACCAAGCUGCUUAGAAACAGAAACUGCAUUAAAACACCAGUAUAUUCUGUUCACCGCCCUUCUCUCUCUCUCUCUCUCUCUCUCUCUCUCUCUCUCUCUCUCUUCAGGUGGUUUACAACCUAAUCCUGAAUGUUAGCAUGUUUUCCCUCUGUAAUUCUUUCAUUGCCUUAAGUCUACUGUGAUUGUCAAUGUUGAGGAUGGACUCCGUUUCUUCAUUUCUUUGGAAGGUGUGUUGUCCUGCUUAUUGUCAGAGGAAAGCAAGGACUUCUGCUGUUGGUAUUGUACUCUAUAUAUCUCAUAUAAAAACCAAAGCACUUCUUUCUACAACCA